AUGUGUCUUAGGCGGAGGUCAGUGACCUACUUCACGCACGACGCCAAGCACCGGCUGGUCGAGGCCGACGCCGGCGACGGCGAGUUCACCUGCGACGGCUGCGUCGUGGCCGGCGCCGGGCUCCGGUACCGGUGCACCCGCCCGGGCUGCUUGUUCCAGCUGCACGAGGCGUGCGCCCGCCGCUUCCCGAGGGCUGUCAAGUCGGUCGUCCACUUGGAGCACAGGCUGAAGCGCUACGAGGACGCCGGCGCGGGCGCAUGCUACGGCUGCGCCAAGUGCGGCUGCGGCGGCGGCGGCAUCGUCGUGCACCCGCUCUGCGUCCACCUGCCACCGGUGGCGCGUGGUCCGGCGCACGGCGGCGGUGCCCACAGCCACGAGCACGAGGCGUGGCUCGUCAGGGCGUCGUACGGCGGCGCCCCCGCGGCGACGUGCGCGGCGUGCGGGCGCGCCGUCGUCGGGGCGUGGCGGUACCGGUGCGGGGCGUGCCGGGUGGACAUGCACCCGCGGUGCCUCGUGCCGGCGGCCGACCAGCGCCACGCGCCGGCGGCGACGGCCUCUUCCAAGUGCAAGAGCUGCUGCCUUGCGUUCGUCCACGACUUGGCCAACUGCAUCGCCUUCACUGCCUUCACUUUCACGAGAUAA